GGCUUCCCCCUCCCUCUGCCACAGCACCAGGGCCCUGUGUGGCUGCAGUCAAUUCUGCCAACUGACACUUGGUCCUCUUGUCAGCAGAAGCCACUCCCCUUCUUUCACUUUGUUGACAUGCAGAAUUCUAUUAGUUUUAAUUUUGCCCACAAACAACUGUCGAUUUUGCUUUCAGGGAAAGAUGAAAUGAGAAAUAAAAAGUCUCAACUCGUAAUAAUUAUAGAGAAAAAUGGUGAAGUCCCUUUGACUUUCUUACUUCCCUUUAUGUGAACCUCAGGAUGAAGUAGAAAAUCAUGUCAGAGGGGCAACACAGACUAUGCCCAGUAAAAACUAUGUAAUGACGAUGUUGUUCUUUACAUUUACAAUGAAGCAUCAUGAAUAAUUAAGGAAAGAAGGCUGUUUCUCCAUGACUUCGUAGCCAGAGCCUCACUGCCCUGCGUCCUGAGCAUGAGACAGAGAGGAAUGAACAGAGAAGCCCAAGAGAAACACACAGACUGAAUGAACAGCUGAAGUUCACCAGCUUCUGUUCUACAAGUUUCUAUUGAGAGACGUCAUUGAAUCGCCCGUGCCCAGCUGAGAAAUCCUGAGCAUAAUGUGUGAAAUAAUUUAAACAGAGAAUUUAAUAAUAGAAGCUGCACUUGCCAAAUAAAAAUUAUUGGCCUCCUGAAGAUCAAUGAUUGCAAAUGGAUACCUAAUUCCCCAUCUACGUAGACAAAAUAAAUGUUUGCUGUCAGCACUGACGGCUUGGGACACCACUGACACCUGGGUGCUGGCUCAGGAGAGGAGCCGGUCACCACAGAGAACAAGGGUCCUUCACACAAACCUUCCCGGGGUGGGGAGAACUGGAGGAUCCUGAUGAUUAUUUUGCCACAAAGACACAAGCCCCUCCACCUGGGGAGAAUUCUAAGGACCUCAGGAUGGGGUGAGCCUGUCCUCCAUGGGGGGAGUCCAAGAGAGGCUGGGUUGAGGACACUGUCAUUCCAGAGGCAAAGGGUGACUAGAGCUGAUAUCGGCCUCGUGAAGGGGGUGGUGCUGGGAACAUAUUACUAUCUUGUUAUGAGAAUCUCCACACCUACAGCCACCAGCAAAGAACCUGGAUUCCUGCCGGGGGUAUUGGCACAGCCUGAGGAGCACUAACAACCAGUUACAAAUGCUGGAAAGAAAUGGCAAUGUCUAGAGUCCUGACCUAGUGGCCCCCAUGAAGCAGAACCACAGGGCCCUGCAGGAAUGGGAUCUAGAAGAGAAACAUCCCUGAAACACAGUCACUAAUAACCUCAGCCUCUGCAGUGAACACAACAGUAAAUUACACUCAGUCCUUGGUUCUAACGAGAUUAUUUACCACCUGAGUCUGGUAAGUACCUGACAAAUUACACAAGCCCACAGGGAUGAGGGAGCCUGGCUCCCUGUGCAAAGUAAGCAGGGCACAAGGUUGCCCAGAAUCACUGAGCAUUUCUGUUUCUAAAGCAGAGAAGAGUUGUAUUUAUUCAAUAAACACAUAUGUAUGUGCAUGUGUGUAAGUAUUUACACAUCUACCUAAACACUGACUUUAGGACAAAGACCUUUUCAUUUGACUAAGUAUCCACAUGGACUGAAACAUCUCAAGUUUGUGGGAAUUUAAAAAGGAAAUUAGUAUUACAGAUUGAUGACAUCUCCUUAGACCACCUAAAAGAAAACAAAAAAGGAAGGGAAAGUGGAAAGAAAUGUUUAGAAAAUGAAAAUCGUUGUGUUCCCUAUUUAAGGGCCAUGCUUAGAAAGAAGGUCAUUGCACAACUUUGGCCCAAGGUUGUUCACCAGACGCCCAGCUCAGCCAGGCCAGCAGCACCCUCGUUCGCCCAUGGCCCUCCUGCUCUCUCUACUCACCGCCCUGGUGGUGUUCAGCGCUGGCCCCGAGGGAGCUCUGGGCUGUGACCUGCCUCAGGACCACAUCCUGCUCAGCAGGGAGAACUUAGACCUUCUGAACCAAAUGAGCACGAUCUCCCCUGUCUUCUGUGUGAAGGACAGAAAGGACUUCAGAUUCCCCCGGGCAACGGUGGAUGGCAGCCAGGUCCAGAAGGCCCAGGCCAUCGCUGUCCUCCAUGAGAUGCUCCAGCAGGUCUUCCACCUCUUGCCCACAGAGAACUCCUCUGUCACCUGGAACACGACCCUGGUGGGCCUAUUGCGCUCAGGACUCCAUCGGCAGCUGGAAGACCUGGAGGCGUGUUUGGUGGAGGAGAUUGGAGAGGAAGGAUCUGCCCUGGCCAUGGAGGGCCCUCCCCAGGCCUUGAAGAGGUACUUCGAGGGCAUCCAUCUUUACCUGAAGGAGAAGAAAUACAGUGACUGCGCCUGGGAGGUUGUCAGAGGGGAAAUCAUGAGAUCCUUCCCCUCAAUAACAGCCUUGCAAGAAAGACUAAGAAAUAAGGAUGGAGACGUGGGAUCCCCCUGAAAGGACUCUCAGGGAUGAAUGUGCCACAUCACGGUUGCACAUCUGUCCUGGGUCAUGUCCAAAGGCUCUCACAUCUGCUCUAGUCACAGAAUUUAUUGAAUUUUACUCAGGAAAUCUGUUGUCAGAGUAUUAAGUGAGAAAAUGUUAGAAAAUUCAGUUCCUGGGUCAACGGUCCCUGAUAGGUUACUGCCUGAAUGGUGAUUUAUUGUUAUUUGUUUAUUUAUUUAUUUAUUCAUUUAUUCUUUCAUCUUAUAUUUAUGUAUUUAUAUAACCAAUGUUUGCUCUUAUCUUGUAUUAAAAUUUA